GAGACCUCCUCAGUGGAUGUGCUCCUCACAAACCUCAUCAGGGGGAAGCUGCUCCCCUCUGCUCGCCUCUGGAUAACCACACGACCUGCAGCAGCCAAUCAGAUCCCUCCUGAGUGUGUUGGCAUGGUGACAGAGGUCAGAGGGUUCACUGACCCCCAGAAGGAGGAGUACUUCAGGAAGAGGUUCAGAGAUGAGGAGCAGGCCAGCAGGAUCAUCUCUCACAUCAGGACCUCACGAAGCCUCCACAUCAUGUGUCACAUCCCAGUCUUCUGCUGGAUCUCUGCUGGAGUUCUGGUGGACGUGUUGAAGACCAGAGAGAGAAAAGAGCUGCCCAAGACCCUGACUGAGAUGUUCAUCCACUUCCUGGUGGUUCAGUCCAAAGUGAAGAAGGUCAAGUACGAUGGAGGAGCUGAGACGGAUCCACACUGGAGUCCAGAGAGCAGGAAGAUGAUCGAGUCUCUGGGAAAACUGGCCUUUGAUCAGCUGCAGAAAGGUCACCUGAUCUUCUAUGAAUCCGACCUGACAGAGUGUGGCAUCGACAUCAGAGCAGCCUCAGUGUGCUCAGGAGUGUUCACUCAGAUCUUCAGAGAGGAGAGAGGACUGUACCAGGACAAGGUGUUCUGCUUCGUCCAUCUGAGUGUUCAGGAGUUUCUGGCUGCUCUUCAUGUCCAUCUGACCUUCAUCAGCUCUGGUGUCAAUCUGCUGUCAGAAGAACAAACAAUUUACCGGCGUUCUAAACGCUUCAAACCCACUCCUAAACCAAACCGUCUCUACCAGAGAGCUGUGGACCAGGCCUUAAAGAGUCCUAAUGGACACCUGGACUUGUUCCUCCGCUUCCUCCUGGGUCUUUCACUGGAGACCAACCAGAGUCUCCUACGAGGUCUGCUGACACAGACAGGAAGUCGCUCACAGACCAAUCAGGAGACAGCCCAGUACAUCAAGGAGAAGAUCAGUGAGAAUGUGUCUCCAGAGAAAAGCAUCAAUCUGUUCCACUGUCUGAAUGAACUGAAUGAUGCUUCUCUAGUGGAGGAGAUCCAAAGGUCCCUUAGAUCAGGACGUCUCUCCACAGAGGAACUGUCUCCUGCUCAGUGGUCAGCUCUGGUCUUCAUCUUACUGUCAUCUGAAGAAGAUCUGGAGGUGUUUGACCUGAAGAAAUACUCUGCUUCAGAGGAGGCUCUUCUGAGGCUGCUGCCAGUGGUCAAAGCCUCCAACAAAGUUCUACUCAGUCACUGUAACCUCUCAGAGAGAAGCUGUGAAGUUCUGUCCUCAGUCCUCAGCUCCCAGUCCUCUAGUCUGAGAGAACUGGAUCUGAGUAACAACCACCUGCAGGAUUCAGGAGUGAAGCUGCUGUGUGAUGGACUGAAGAGUCCACACUGUGACCUGGAGACUCUCAGGCUGUCAGGCUGUCUGAUCACAGAGGAAGGCUGUGCUUCUCUGGUCUCAGCUCUGAGCUCCAACCCCUCCCACCUGAGAGAGCUGGACCUGAGCUACAACCAUCCAGGAGACUCAGGAGUGAAGGUUCUGUCUGGUCGACUGGAGGAUCCACACUGCAGACUGGGAACUUUCAGGGUGGAGCCUGCUGGAGUCCGAUGGAUGACACCAGGUCUGAGGAAGUAUUCCUGUGAACUCACAAUCGACACAAACACAGUUCACAGAAACCUCAAACUGUCUCAGAACAACAGGAAGGUGACACAUGUGUGGGAGGAUAAGUCAUAUCCUCGUCAUCCAGACAGAUUUGACCACCAGCCUCAGCUGCUGUGUAGAACUGGUCUGACUGGUCGCUGUUACUGGGAGGUCGAGUGGAGCGGAUACGUUGAUGUAUCAGUGAGUUACAGAGGAAUCAAGAGGAAAGGAGGCAGUAAAGACUGUUUGUUUGGACACAAUGAUCAGUCCUGGUGUCUGAGAUGCUCUGAUGGAGGUUACUCUGUCCGUCACAAUAAGACAGCAACACGCAUCACCUCCUCCUCCUCUGGUAGAGUAGCAGUGUAUGUGGACUGUCCUGCUGGCUCUCUGUCCUUCUACAGAGUCUCCUCUGACUCACUGAUCCACCUCCACACCUUCAGCACCACAUUCACUGAACCUCUUUAUCCUGGGUUUGGGUUCUGGUUCAGGUCCAGUUCUGGUUCCUCAGUGUCUUUGUGUCCUCUUCAGGACGGAGAGUCUCCUCCUGGUGGAGAAGCUUCCUCUCUGCUCACCACAUAGUUCAGUCUGUACAGCUGAUGGAGGUCCAUGUGGGUGUAGGUGCAGGUGGAGCAGGUGAGGGGUACCUGAGCUGGUUCUGGACUCUGGGGGUCCACAGCUCUCUGGGACUCAGAUGAACGUCUGAAACGUGUGUUUUAAUGUCUUUGUGCUCGUUCCCUCUGUUGUUUAUUAAUGUAUUCAUAGUUUUAACUAUUUUCUGACUUCAUCUAACUUGUGGUGGGACUCUCAGUAACACACAGAACCCACUGGAGAUCUUCAAUUCAGGGAGAUUUGAGCAACAACAUCUAAACCAAGCUCCUUCUAGAAAGACACCAACAAGGCGAUGAUGCAACACAUUCCACUUCAUACAUCACAGUUUAUGCAUUUCUUUGACCAUUGGAUUGAGUGAAGCUCUCCCCUUCAAUCCUGACUACCUUCCUCUCCUCCUGUAGUCGUCCCACUAUUGUCCUCCUCGUCCUUCUCUAGUCUCCUUAUCUGGUGUGUUGACUCCAUUCUGGUUCCCUCAUCAGACUACGCACCUUAUUUGGAACGGUUACUGGUGCACAAAGGAACCCAAAAGUACCACUCAGACAUCGAUGGGAGAGACGGGUGGAUUUUCCUAUAAGCUCAGGCCAGGUCAGAACUGUGAGAUCCAUCAGUGGGUAAACGACAGGCCGGGUCAGAACCAGGAGGCAAUCAGACAGGCAAACAAAUCCGAAAAGGAGCAGGCAGGGAAUAAAAGGCAGAACAGAAGGAUAUCAGCUAAUGGAGAAACACUGGAAACCUUCUGAUAUACAACGUGGCAGGAAACAACAUAAUGCUACAGGAUUAAAUAGUGGGGCUGAUGAGGGGAUGUGCUGCAGGUGAGGGCUAGGAGACCCAGGUGAGGGUUAGGAGACCCAGGUGAGGGCUAGGAGACCCAGGUGAGGGUAACAAGCUGAUGAUGUGGGAGGAUGUGAAAUGACAGAGUUAGAUAUCAUGCAGGUGAGAUGAAACAAACUAGGAUGUGGUCAGAUGUGUGACAUCAUCACCCUGAUGUUCACUCACAUUUCAUGUCAUUUAACUGACAUGCGUUACAUUUUGCCUCAAGAGCAGUUAGGGGUCAGGUGUCCUGCUCAUGGACACUUCCACACGGGGAAGCCGGGAAUCGAAGCGCCAACCUUGCAGCUUCCAGCGCAUCACAUGACUCCAUGCGCCCCCCUCUCUCUCUCCGGUGUGUUGUCAGCCUAACUGGCUCAUUCGGACCCUCGCUGGCCCCCCCUUCUGAUAAUCAAAAGCUUUUUCUUAGUGCCAAGUUAGAAAAUAGUUGCCCUGUUCUGUUGAAGAUUUCAAAGUCAGAGACAGUCUGGCAGGAUGGGGGUUCCUGUCUGGACUUGAUUUAAGAGUCGGGACCCGCACGGACAAACAGAGGUUUCUCUGUGUGUAUUGAUAAGGGGAUCGGUUUCUGUCCUGACUGAGGAAGCAAGGUCAGCGGGUCAACCAGCAGAUGUGUAAGAUAAGGGGGAGAGUUCACACCACACGAUCCAACAUCCACACUCUAUUCAUUGUUUACGUUAAGUCAGGAGUUCUGGACAUUGGAUGUGACCGGAUCUUUAGAUGCGGGGGGAGGAAGAUCCUCCCUUACACCAGCUUAGGUGUGCAUUAGCUGAAUUCUUCCAGACGUCCCCACCCAGGCUUCAGAUUUUUGAACACGUGCCUCUGAUGCGUUCGUUCACUCCUUCUCUUUUUAAAUUAUCUAACAUCUCUAUCUGUUUCCCAGCUUCUACACACACGUGUCUCUACACUAUUUUGACCUAAACUUUUCUGCAACCAAAGGUUAAAUUGUAACUCAUCUACCUGGAUAUUUGAAUAUAGAUUAUCUCCCAACUUACACAAUUCACUAGACAUGAUUAGAACAUAAAUAUAUGUUGGACAAUAGAUUAUUAUUCAUGUAUUGGGUUCAAAUUCGGGUUUCAGGUGUCCGACUGCCUGACCUAACCCAUUGUUAUGCAGUGACUGGUCCUGGCCAGCAGAGGAAGUCACUGAUGGGAUCAAACCAGUAAAAAUGAUUCAUAUUCCAAACAUGUAUCACAGCAUGAAUAUAAUAAAGAAAAACUAGACUUGCUGAUGUUAUCUUUUUGAUAAUGAGACAACGGACUGAUGGAUCCUCUCCUCUGUUAUGUGUGUUCUUCAUGGUUUCUUUUCUACCUGCUUUUCAUUAUUAUGUAACCAAACAUACAUGUAACCCUGUGCACGUUGCCUUGUACAGAGGGGUGUAUAAUGUGGGUCUGUAGCUGU